UUCACCCUAUUAUCUCUCCUUUGUUCUUAAACUUAAUUGUCCAUUUAAAAUAGGUGACACAUAUGUCAACACACAAACAACCAGGCCUUGAGGUUGGUGGGGCUACGUUAGCCUUUAAAAAAUGGCUCCAAUCUGCGUUAUAGUGCAACACCAGAACUAGUUAACUUCACAAACUCAGCUAAUACACGCCCACUAAUUCGAGGAUUUUCUGAAAUUCCAGCAGUUUAAGCUAAACAACAAACACUGAAACCGAAGUUUAUAAGAUGCACACAAAGCCCCCAAGCUAUCCCUCCUUUCCCUUUUCCUUUUUCUUUUUCCUUUCUCCUUUUUCUUUUUUUUAUUCUAUCUUCUUUUCUUAAUUCUUACCCUUUCUCACUCUGUCCUAGCAUCUUCUUUGCUUGCUCGGUGAAGUUUGUAAUGCCAACUCCAUUUACAUAAAGUCCCAGAGAGAUGCAGUAACUGAUGUUCCACUGCGACAUCUUGUUCAUGGCGACGUCACCGAUAGUGGAGGUGUACUAUUGGAAGCCCGUCUUACCAGGUGUGUCGAGGGUGCUUGCAUGUCUCAAUGAGAAGGCCGUCGACUUUAAGCUCAUUGACAUGUACGAGGGCCAGAGAAUGUCCCCCGACCUCCUCAAGCUCCAGGCACCAAACCAAGUCCUUGUCCGUGGGUUUGAAAAUGGAAGAGAGUUUCUUUCCGAAUCCAGAGCGAUAUGCCGCUAUAUUACAGAGAAGUAUGCGGAGCGUGGGAACAGAUAUCUGCUGGGAAGAGAUCUCCUAGAAAGGGCUUGCAUCGAACAAUGGCUGAAGUCAGAGGAGCAGAGCUUUGACCCUCCGAGCUGGGAACUGGUCUUCCACCUGGCCUUUGCCCCCCUCAUAGGCCUCAACAAACAAGACACAGCUCUUAUCACCCAGAAUGAACAGAAGCUGGCAAGGGUCCUGGAUGUUUAUGAACAAAGACUAAGCGAGAACAAGUUCCUAGCAGGUAAUGAAUUUACUCUGGCAGAUCUCUCACAUCUCCCCAACUCGUACUACCUUGCAGACUCCCAACAAUGGGGCUACCUCUUUGACUCAAGGAAGAAUGUCAGAAGAUGGUGGGAGGAUAUCUCAGCGCGGCCUUCAUGGUUGAAUGUGGUAGAAUUACUGAAUGAGGUUGAUGUGCUGCAUGAGCAUGCUGAUACCGAAGAUGCUGCUACAUCUCAAGAGACCUCCACUCUGCUAUUUUCUAAAUCUCGUGGAACAGAACCAAUCAAAGUAGCCCAUGUUAUCCAGACUCCCAUGACUGUUCAAGCUGUUCCGCAAUCAAAGGAUAGUCCUGAAAGAGCUCUGACCAAACCAACUGCUCCUCCACCAGAUACUACACCGCAGGCUCCUCAAUCCACUGCCCCAGCAACAACAGAAGCAGUCCCUCCUCAAACUACUACACCCAAAGCUCCACCUUCUCAGACAACUUUGCCACCAACAGCUCCUCCUCCUGCACCGAAAACUGAACCAGCUCCAGAGGCACAGACAACCACCCAGCCAGGUCCUGCUUCCUCUGUUGAAUCAAGACCUCAACAAGCUCCUCCCACUAAGUUAACCGCUGAACCCGAGUCCACUGUUCAGCCCACCACAAGACCGACCUCUAUUGCCGAGCCUGAAAAACAACCAAUUCCACCAGCCUCAACUGACCAGCCAAGUCUUCAGCCAACCAACCAUUCCGCCAAGCCUACCACAACCCCUCCAACUGAAUCAGCACCUGAAGCUGCAGAGACUACUACUCAACCUGCUCCUCCACACUCUCAGUCUGCUCCAGCUGAAACAAGAUCUCAACAAGCUCCUCCCACUAAGUUAACCCCUAAACCCGAGUCCACUGUUCAGCCCACCACAAGACCAACCUCUGUUACUGAGCCUGAAAAACAACCAACUCCACCAGCCUCAACUGACCAGCGAAGUCUUCAGCCAACCAACCAUUCCGCCAAGCCUACCACAACCCCUCCAACUGAAUCAGCACCUGAAGCUGCAGAGACUACUACUCAACCUGCUCCUCCACACUCUCAGUCUGCUCCAGCUGAAACAAGAUCUCAACAAGCUCCUCCCACUAAGUUAACCCCUGAACCCGAGUCCACUGUUCAGCCCACCACAAGACCAACCUCUGUUACUGAGCCCGAAAAACAACCAACUCCACCAGCCUCAACUGACCAGCCAAGUCUUCAGCCAACCAACCAUUCCGCCAAGCCUACCACAACCCCUCCAACUGAAUCAGCACCUGAAGCUGCAGAGACUACUACUCAACCUGCUCCUCCACACUCUCAGUCUGCUCCAGCUGAAACAAGAUCUCAACAAGCUCCUCCCACUAAGUUAACCCCUGAACCCGAGUCCACUGUUCAGCCCACCACAAGACCAACCUCUGUUACUGAGCCCGAAAAACAACCAACUCCACCAGCCUCAACUGACCAGCCAAGUCUUCAGCCAACCAACCAUUCCCCCAAGCCUACCACAACCCCUCCAACUGAAUCAGCACCUGAAGCUGCAGAGACUACUACUCAACCUGCUCCUCCACACUCUCAGUCUGCUCCAGCUGAAACAAGAUCUCAACAAGCUCUUCCCACUCAGUCAACUCCUGAACUUGAGUCCACUGUUCAGCCUACCCCAAAAGCAGCCUCUGCUACAGAGCCUGAAAAACAACUAGCUCCACCAGCCUCAACCGACCAGCCAAGCCUUCAACCAGCCAACCAUUCCACCAAGCCUACCACAACCCCUCCAACUGAAUCAGCACCUGAAGCUGCACAGACUACUACUCAACCUGCUCCUCCACGCUCUAAGUCUGCUCCAGCUGAAUCAAAAUCUCAACGAGCUCCUCCCACUCAGUCAACUCCUGAAUUUGAGUCCAUUGUUCAGCCUACCACAAGCCCAGCUUCCGCUACCGCGCCUGAAAAACAACCAGCUCCACCAGCCUCACCCGACCAGCCAAGUCUUCAACCAGCCAACAAUUCCAGCAAGCCUACCACAAUCCCUCCAACACCUGAAGCUGCACAAACUACCACUCAACCUGCUCCUCCACACCCUCAGUCUGCUCUGGCUGAAUCAAGACCUCAACAAGCUCCUCCCACUCAGGCAACCCCUCAACCUGAGUCCACUGUUCAGACUACCUCAAGAGCAUCCUCUACAACCGAGCCAGAGAAACAAGAAGUUCCACCAGCCUCAACCGACCAGCCAAGCCUUCAACCAGCCAACUAUUCCACCAAGCCUACCACAACCCCUCCAAGUAAGUCAAUCCGUGAACUGGACAAUGCUGAAAUCUCUUCCAUACAACCAAUUAAUCAGUCUACUCAAGCUUUUCCACCAGCUAAAUCCGCACCUGAAGCUGCACAGACUACUACUCAACCUGCUCCUCCACGCCCUCAUAGCACCCAGGAUAAGUCGCAAUCAAAUUCACAGCCAGAUAGUGUUACCCAGUCAGCUUCUCAACCCACACCCACUGCCCAGUCAAUCACUCAGCGAGCUCCUGAUAUGCAGUCCGCUGGUGAACCUGCUACGAGUGAUCAAUCAUCAGUCCAAACAGUUCAAACUGCAUCAAAGACUCCUACCACUGAGUCCACCAGUGAAUCAUCUUCUAUUUCCCAGUCUACAACACAAGCAGCUCCCAUUUCUCACACUGCCACUCAACCAGAUCAGACAGCACCCGGUGUGAAGUCUAAUCCUCAACCAGCCUCUGCUGCUCAGCCUUCCCUGAGUACACCCCCUACUGCUGAGAUCGCCAGUCCACCAGCCAAUAUUGCUACCAACCUAACCCCUCAACAAGAUCCCAACACCCGGCAAAAGCCUCGGCCUGAUCUGAAUGCUCAGUCAGACACAUCAAGUACACUAAACCUGCAACCAAGUCAGAGUACCCAGCAAAGCUCUGAGACAGAUGUGAAUGUUUCAUCAAAAGAUAAACAAGAUUCUGCUGGAAACCAGUCAACACCUCAACAAGCCACUCCUAGCAGCCAGCCACCGGCCAAUACUGGUGAGACCAUGACUCCACCAUCCAGUACUAUGAAGUCUGGUCCUCAACCAGCAAGUACAACUGCCAACCUAAGCUCUGAAACAGAAUCCAACAUCCAGACAAAGCCUCAGCAAGACCUGAAUGCUCAAUCAACCACAUCUGCUACCUCAAACCCACAACCAGGUUCAAAUACCCUGCAAAACUCUCAAACAGAUUCAGAUGUUCCAUCAAAAACUAAAGAAGAUUCUGUUGGGACCCAGUCUAAACCUCAACAGGCUACUCCAAAUACUGAGCCCAACUUCCAAACAGAAACAGGUACUCAGUCAACAUCUCAACCAAAAGAAGGGGCUCCGUCAACUGUUCAACCAAGCUCCAAUGAUCAGCAAAACCCUCAAACAGCUGCUCCUAAUGACCAAUCAAAACCACAACAACCAGAUUCUAUUGCCUCAUCAACUGCUGAACCAGCUUCCGGUCAGUCUACCUCUCAAUCAUCAGCUGCUAGUGGGCUGACCCCUCAAACCGGCCCUACUGGUGAGCAAACCAAUAAAAAAGAUUCUUCCACUCCUACAAAGUAACCAGCCUCUGCAGUCUGCUAUCUAGCAAACCACAUUGAAUCGUGGCUUUGCAUUAGUCAAAAACUCCACUUCCAUCACUUUGUCUCCAUCAGGUCCUUCUUCUUCUACUCCUUGAUCAUCUGCAAUCCAAUUUCAGUGGCCCACAAAUAAUCAGAUCAUUUUGAGUUAUGUGCAGAACCUCUGCUCUUCUAUUUUCUGUUACCAUGGUGUUUGCUUUCAGAACUUCUAUAUAUCGGUUUGUUUUGUGGAAUGUUAUGAUGUAUAUGUUAAGUUUGCUUGAUCAGAAGCAAGUCUCUGUUUCAAUAAGCGAUGUAUGCCAAGAGUUCACCUUCACUCUGAGGAUAGCUAAAUUGGGAGUGUAAUAUUAGACACUAUACCUUUCAUGUUUUGCAUAGUGUGGUGAAAGAAAAUGUAUGGUGCUGAGAAAUAUUUAUUUUACUUCUCUUUUUUA